GGUGCUUGUUCGAAUCUUGAGGGGGGGGAGGGGGAGGGGCUGGGGAGCGAGGUUCAGGCGUUGAAGCUGCGUGAGAUGGAGAGAGACUUCUUGGGUUUGAGCGCUGUGAAGGAAGAGACCGGCGGGGAUGCGUGCGGAGACUCUGAAUCAAACAAAGGUUCACCAGGAAUGCGAUGGCCAUUCUUGAACAAGGUCUCUGCUGUUCCUCAUCGGAUGUCCUUUAAGGCUGCUCAGGAUGAAAAGACCAAAAAGGUCAGCGAACCGAUUGUCUCUUCUGGAUUGACGCACCUCCCAGUUGCAGAUGCAUAUGAUUCGAGUCGAAGACGUACUGUCGUCGAAGUGCACAGUUCAUUCAAUCGUCACAGACAAGGUGGCUCGCCGUUUUCGCUGACGUCUUGCUCUCAACAAUCUCAUCCCCGGGAUGCGAGGGUGCUUCCCCUCUCAAAUCAGGGAAUUCCCGCCUCGAUGGGCGACCCUUUCUUCAAGACUCACUUCGCUGCCACUGGACAGACUCUACCAGGUGGUAUGACCAGGCAAAAGCCACCGGGAGGUGUUCUUGUUUCUGCCCCAAAUUCGGACCAUCUUACCGCUGGUUCGACAAUGGGAACCGCUGAGCCAUGGAAAACUAUCAAGCCUACCGUGCCUCCUUCUCAAUUGACCAUCUUCUACGCGGGUACCGUGAAUGUUUAUGAUAAUAUCUCACCUGAAAAGGCCCAAGCGAUCAUGUUUCUUGCCAGGAAUGGGGUUCCAAUGGCUUCUAAGACAUCACAGGCAAAAUGCUUUGUUCAGGCGCCUACCGCGGCCAACUCGGCCGGGGAUCACGUUGAUCUGAACCAGCCUACUACGCAACCCUUCUCUAGCCUCUCGAGUCCAUUAUCAGUGUCAUCACAUCCAACUCCUCAGUCACAGGGUGGACCAGCUGGCAAGGAUGAAUCAAAGGAAGGUAAUUCUAAAGUAGUUGGCACUCCAAGCAAACUGGACGCCCCAAAAAUGGUCAGUGUCAUGGGAUCCAUUGCCUCAACGGCCAUGGUACCAUCUGCCAUUCCACAGGCUAGGAAAGCAUCCUUAGCUCGGUUUUUGGAGAAGCGCAAAGAAAGGGUAAUGAGCGUGGCACCUUACAACCUCAGCAAGAACUCUCCAGAGCAAGCGUGACGCCACACUCGAGUGCUCUAAAUCGCUCUCCAGCUCUUGCGAUGGAACAGGGGAGUCCUCACUGAUGUAUAAGUAUGUAUAAGCUUUAGGAUUUUGGUUUACCUGUCUGUAUUGGAUGAUUUGGACAUAGUCUGUUCUGUAAUGUUCUGUUUCUUUCUUGUUCUUAUUGCUUAUUCUAUUGACUGGACUUCUUGUUGUAAGUUAAUCAUGUUUCCUCAUGUAACCGACGAAUAGCAGAUUCAAUUUUGGAAUGAAAAACUGGAUGCUUGCUUCGAUCAA